UUUAGUGACCGAUAAUUCGAGAAAAGCAUUGUCUCAUUUAGAAAAUAAUCCAGAACAAACUUUCAUGCAAAUCAAUAAAAGUAAAUUAUAUUAAUCAAUAAUAGUAAGUGAUUUCUAUUAAGGAUAUCAAUAAGAAGAACAUGGCAAAGUGGGGAGAAGGUGACCCGCGAUGGAUUGUCGAGGAACGACCUGAUGCAACAAAUGUCAAUAAUUGGCAUUGGAAAGAAUCAAAUGCAAGUGGAUGGAGCAAGGAUAAAUUAAAUGAACUUCUAUUGCAUUUUGAAGUUAAUUCACCCGACAAAAAUCUUGCUGUGAAAAUCAUAGAAUUUGAUAAAUUAGAAGGUGAAGCUAUUGCCAACAACCGAAAAGGGAAGCUUAUUUUCUUCUAUGAAUGGAACUUAGUGCUAAAAUGGCAAGGAACUAUACUUAAUGAUGAAGAAAAGCAGAAAAUUAAUGGGAAAAUCACGAUUCCGAAUCUGAGUGAAGAAAAUACAAUAGACGAAAUAGAUAUAACUGUAACAGUCGAUGAAUCAAGUGACAAAUCUGAAGUCCUAAAACAAUUUAUGUAUAAGGUAGGCAGAGAUAAAGUAAGAGAACAACUCGACAAGUACAUAACAUGUCUUAAAAGCGAUUACGCUAAAAAUCUCAUCCUGCCCAAAAAGGAUAAUGCUGCACAGGCACAAACGAAAACAAUGCCUGCAAAUCAUGUAACAUCCAAUAAAGCCGUCAUUAAUGAUUCCAAUAUUAAGGCUUCUUCAAACGAAAAAUCUGAAAAACCGUUGGGCGUUAAGAUUGAUUGUAAAACUUUAAUGCUUGAAGAGAAGUUCCAAUGUAAAGUUUCAGAAUUGUGGGAUUGCUUCAGUCGAAUUGAACCUAUGACUGCCUUUACACGCGGCGAAGUAAAGCUCAAUUUUUCCAAGAAUGGAGAAUUUGUCCUGUUCGGAGGAAAUAUUAGUGGUAAAUACACAGAAAUAGUCGAUAGCAAGAAAAUGGUGAUGACUUGGAGAUACAAACAAUGGCCAACAGCUCACUAUUCUAAUGUCGAAAUGGAAUUUGUUGACAUGGAAGAUCAUACAUUACUUAGAAUGACACAAACCUUUGUGCCAGCUAGCGAAUUCGACACAACAAGGAUGAACUGGCAACGAUACUAUUUUGAUAGCAUUCGAGCGACUUUUGGAUACGGAAGUUUCUUAUAUUAAGCAUUAUCCAUUCAAUUAUAUCAUAUUUCAAUUCACACACCUUUAUCUUCCUUCUCGUAAAUUAAUUAAUUCAUUUCCGUUCGAUAAAUAGAAAUUCUCUGUAGACACUUUCAAAUUAUUUCUAAUGAAUCGCUUUUUGCUAAUUUAAUACAAAUAUUAUCCAAAAUAAAAAUCACCAACGAAUUUUA